AUGUAAUAUGGUUUGAAUAAUUCAACAUCAUUUUGUAGGAAACGGAUUCUCGAAAAAAAAUAUGAAAAUAUCAUGUCAAUCUUCCAUGGAAUAGGAUAUUAAUUAUUCUUGAAUAAUUUAAAGGGAAAUCUGACAAAUAUGGUAAAGUAUGUUUUUAAUUACUCGUCUGAAUGCAAUGAUACUUAUUAGAUAACCUCAUAUUUUGAUUAAAAUAUAACAAUAGGUCUUAUUCAUUAUUCAGAAUUUACUUCUGGAAAAUGAACAAGAGUUUGGUUAAGGAGAAUAAAGAUUUAUGAUUGUAUUAAAUGGAUUAAGAGUAAUAGAUUCAUCUAAAUGAAUAAAAAGUCAAGAUAG